AAGGCAACAGGAGUCAAAGAACAGUGAGAGGGAUUAAAAAUCGAGCGGAGAGAGCUGGUGGCGAUCGAAAGCCGACGAGAAGCGAAAUUAGGGUUAGGGUUAGGGUUUUGAGGGCAGAGAAAAGAGGCUGCAGGUCGAAAAGAAUCCGAAGCCGCUUCCGUCUCCUCAAUUUCUUGUAAUGGACCGCUUUCCCUCGGUGUAUCCUCUCAUCGAUCGCCGGAAAGGAUUUGGAUAAUUUUUUCCUGGGCAGUUGUAUUAUUUCUUUUGCAAAGCGUUGCAUGUCACAACAUAUACUAUAUAAAUAAGGAUGAGUUUCACACCUGAAGGCCUUGAGAAUAACAAGAUAAAUGCGUCAAGCAAGGUUACAAAGUUAAAUCCAAAUGCCACAGAGUUUGUUCCAUCUUCUCGACGAACCACAUAUGGGAACAUCAAGGACACAUAUUCUAGUAGGGUGGACUCUAUAGAAGCAUCAAAGAAUGCAGUUCUUGGUCGCGCUGAAUCCUCUCUUUCAAACAAUUCUCUUGAUGAUGAUCACCAAUAUUGGCACCUUCAGCUUCCUAAUGACAUUACCCCUGACUUUAAGGCCAUGGGAGAAGAUAAUGAAUGUAGACUGCAUCAGCUCUCACUUGUAGGAUUAUCAGUAAAUGAUGGUCUUGAACAGUCAAGAUUUUCUGCACCGAUAACCAGUGAGGCACUUGGUACACAAAAUGUUAGAGCUCCUUUUGGUAUGAACAAUCUCAUCUUGAGAGGGAGGAAGGGAUAUCAUGGUUCUCCCUACAAUGAAAACCAGUUAUCAACUGCGCGUGUGUCUUCAGCCUCCAAUUCAUGGGACAGACAAUUUUUAAAUGGAGAUAAACAACUUUCCAGGGUAAUGGGAAGAACUGAAGGGCAAGACUUCAUUGGAGAUUCAGGCACAAGUUCUGUGAAUAAUAUGUUAGGUGAUCAACCUGUUAUGAAGAGUGCUGAAAUCAAAAUGUUAGAGGCUUUGUCAUUUCAUUUUCCUGGUUUUUCUGCUGAAACCCUUGCAGAUAUAUACUAUGCAAAUGGAUAUGAUUUGGACUCUACAAUUGAGAUGCUUGGUCAGCUCAAGCUUAAAGGAGAUGGUGAUUUCAGUAAGAACCUAUACUCAAAGUCCUUGCAUGCUCCAAGCCUGAGAAAAUUAGACUUGCAGUCAAUUUUAGCAGCAGAAGCUCAGAAUAGGCUGUCAAAGUACGCUAAAGAACUUCACCAAAUUCCAGAUUUAUAUAGAUCUACUUCUGGUGUAUUUCAGGCUGCCACAAAUUUUGCAUCCCCUCCAAGAGAAGUUUCACCAGAGGAUAUUCCUCAUUGGAACCACAGGAAGUAUGGCUCUCCAGAUGGCAGUACUGGCUCAAGCAGAAGUUUACACUUCAUUUCCAGCACAUUCAAUGGCCACAAAUCUCCGAGUGUAAGUGCAUCUCGGGUAGCUCCUGUUUGGCCCGAGGCUGGAGAAGCAGUCGCAAAUGUAGAGUUGAGAGAGGAAGUUCGUGAUCUUGCAGGUCUUCGGGAUGCAUGCUUGGAACAGGCAAGUCAAGCAUAUCUGAUUGGUAACAAGGCUCUGGCAAAGGAACUGAGUGAGAAGGGGCAGUUUUAUAACAUGCAGAUGAAAGCAGCUAAACUGAAAGCUGGAAAUACAAUAUACCAAAAGAGAAAUGCAGUCCCCUAUGGAGCGCAAGGGAAUCUGAUUGACUUGAAUGGCCUUCACUUAAGUGAUGCGCUUCAGGUGCUGAAACAUGAGAUUAACAUCUUAAGCAGCACUGCUCGGUCCUGUGGACAGCAGCUCCAGGCCUCAAUCUUUUUGGGUACUCCAGUAUCAGAAAGGAUUGUGUUGGCUUGCGAGCAGUUUCUCCUGGAGGAAGGCCUUCCAUUUACCCGGCCUCGACCUGGUCUUCUUCAUGUUGUGAUAUAUUGACGCCACUUGUAAGGUAACAGUGUGUAAUAAAUAAAUAAAAAAUCAAAAUCAAAAGCCACAUACACUACAAUUUUGUAUCCGUGUACAUGAAGGGAACAUGUGUUAGACAGAGAAGAGGAAGCCAGAGAAAUGUAAUAUUAGCAUUAGCAGAAUUCUGACUUCCAUGUUGUAGGUGUUCUUUUAGUACUACUUUUUUUUUUAUCUCUCGGCGCUUUUGUUGUUCAGCGAGGAAACAUGAUUUGUGCGGUAGCCUGUUUCGUACUGCAAGCAUUGAUGUUGGAAUUGAGCUCUCAACAAAACAAAGCAGUUGUGUUGCGUAAUGUUGAGAGCAUGCGAUUAUUUCAUCCCACCUCUGUUGCGUUCA